CCUUUACAAACCUUUUUUUCACUAAACCGUUACAAUUAGCACAAACUAAUUAUCCUUAUGUAGAGCUAAUAAUGUGACUUAAACCAACUCACUCCUUUUUUUAUAUUAAUGUGGUUGUUAUUGAGUUCCAUGGUUUAUGACACUUCAAGAAGAAGAAGAAAAACAGGAGUGUGGAUAAGAGGCAUUCAAACACAAGCCAAUCAAGACCUUCAGAUCUCAAAAUAACUGAGAAAAAUAGAAGGAUUCAGAUGGAAGAUCUUUACUUAGAACUGAACUCUCUUCUUCCUCAAACUUCUAGGGAGCUACCUCUACCUGAUCAGCUAGAUGAAGCUGCAAACUACAUCAAGGAGCUACAAGUGAGCGUGGAGAAAAAUAGAGAAAGGAAGAGGAAGCUUGUUACGACUGCAGCUUUGGAAAAAUUGAAUUCCACAGGAUCUUCAUCCAUGUCCUCGAGUGUUGAUGUCUCCGUGCCUAAACGGUUGCCAAGGAUCGAGAUUCAAGAAACCGGUCCGAUUUUUCACAUCUCCCUUGUGACAAGCUUGGAACAUAAGUUUAUGUUCCAUGAGAUCAUUCGUGUUCUCACUGAGGAAUUAGGAGCUGGGCUCACUCAUGCUGGAUACUCAAUUGUUGAUGAUGCCGUCUUCCACAUUUUUGAUUGCAAGGUAUAUAAAUCAAAUAAAAAAUUUAUCGAUCUUGAGAUAAAACUUUGUUACUAUUACAGUAUUACCAUGUUAAAGUUAGGUUUAAUCCAUACAGUAUUCAGGCAAUGUGAAUAAGAUUAAAGUUAGGUCACUGAACUAAUAUAUACAACUUGGUAAAAACACACGUUUUAUUCAUUAGAAACCGAUUGACAAGUGGUUGCAUAUUAUAUUUUAUUUUGAGUGAUAAGUAGAUGCACUCAAAAUGCAAGAAUUGGUCCCCAACUAAUUGUAAGUUGUUUUACUAGAUGAUUCUUGGUGAUACGUAUAGAGAUAUCUUUGAUCUUUUUGGGUGCUAAUUAAUUUAGUUAUAAUAUACGUGUAGGUGGAAGAUUGUGAUUUUGGAGCUACGAGUAGAAUUUCUGAGAAUCUCAAGAAACUUGUGAACAGUGUCAACUAAUAGUCUCCCUAAUGUGUACCCUUUUACAGCUUUUUCUGUUUUUGUUCUAAUUUAUUGUUCCUUUUGUUGAAUUUAUCUUGUAAUGUGAAAAUGAUGUUUCAUAUGAUGAUAUGAGCAUACUAUAUAUAUUUUAUAUGAUAUGUGUACAAUUUACAUUUAGUCUGGCAGUUAUAAAGAUUGGUUAAAACGACUUAGCAUAUGAGAUCUGUAACUUUUUUUUUUGAAUAUAUGUUAAAUUUAUUCAAAAGAAAAUAGUUUUUUUACAACAAGUGCAUCAUUUUUUUUAAAGUUGGCACACUUUCAACAUUGUUUAUAAAGAACUCAAAGGAAAAUCAUCUAGUGGCAAACCACCGGGAUAAGCUUCCAGCAUAGUUUUGAUUUUAUAUUUAGUUUGGCAGUUAAAAGUUCUGUAUUUCCGGCAUUGAGCAAUGAGCAUAUUCUCUUAUGCACGAGUUUAAAUUAUAUUUUUGUCUUCUCUGUCAAAAAUAUUUACAUCGAUUUACUAUUGAAACCGAUAUUAGAAAACUCUAACCAAAUGGAUCCAGUGUACUGUCUUUUAUUUAUUUUUACAAAUCACAGCAGAUUAUUAACUAAUAAUCCGAACAACUGUAAAAACCAUAAAACAGAAGAAAAAAAAACAGCAAAACGAGCCAUGCAGGCCUCUUUAUAAACAGCUUCUCUCUAAACCCUUGAAACAUACUCAAGAACAUAAUAAGCACUAAGCAAGAUCAAAUCACAUAAGAAAGAACACAAAUGGAUCCGAACGCAAAAACAAUUAUCUCUUUCGCAUUGUUUUUCCUCUAUUUAUCUUUCUCUAAUAUUUCCCUCGCUCGUGGCGCUGAAGUCGGUACGUUUAUUUACUUUUGCAAAAUCAUGUUUACAUUUGUAUCAAAACUCAAUACUUAUAUAUAUAUGAUAUUACUUUGGAAACAGACGAUGAAACUCCAUUUACGUACGAGCGGAAUCCAGAGAAAGGACCAGAGGGAUGGGGAAAAAUAAACCCUCAUUGGAAAACUUGCAACACCGGAAAAUUCCAAUCUCCGAUCGAUCUCACUAACGCAAGAGUUAGUAUUAUUCGUGAUGAAGCAUGGAGAAGACAAUACAAACCAGCCCCGGCUGUAAUUGUGAACAGAGGACAUGACGUUAUGGUACAUUUUGUUUAGCUGUAAAUUAUCAUUACAUUACGCAUAUGCAUGGUGAUAUAAUUCUAACAGUAAUCAAAAAUGAUGAUAUAAUAAAAGGUAUCGUGGAAAGGAGAUGCUGGGAAAAUAACAAUACGUCGAACUGAGUAUAAAUUGGUGCAAUGUCAUUGGCAUUCACCGUCAGAGCAUACCGUCAACGGAACUCGGUUUGUGUUUUCUUGUCUUAAGAAAUAAUAUAAGAAUUAAUUAAUAAAAGAGUUACGUUGAGAAAGAAGCCUUUGACUUUUUCUCUCGACCGUACAAAGCGAUUCAAAACGCGAUCUUCUUCCUUUGCCCUUCUCCGGCGCCGUUCUCGGCGUCGGAACCCUCCAGCCCUCAUGGCUAAAAAUAAAAACUCAAAAAAGCCUCCUACCAAGCCAUAUCCCACUGGAUCUGGCUCUUCUCACUCUGUUCUUAAACAACCCACGCCUGAGAUUCCCUUGGCCGUGUACAGUGAAAUCCGAACAAAGCAAGCAGAUCUAAGCCUCUCCUCUGCUCCUCCUGGUCCGAUUUCCCCAUCUGAGCCUUCGAUGCCUGCCUCGGUAGCCAUUGCAGCCUCAACACCGAAACUCAAUGAAACCCUAACCUCAGCUACAGUCGCAAGUGCUCCACAAGCCUCCGUACCUGAGCAAACAAACAACCCUUCUCCAUCGAUCCAAAUGGGCCUCAUCGAGAAGGUUCAGCCACCUACAGCGACUCUCAACGGUCCGUCUAGAAAGUCACUCCCCGCAACAAGCUCCUCAACAGACCUUGACCCGGCGAGUAAAUGGAGACAUUUCGUUAGCAAGACCUCCUCUAAAAUGGAGCCUGAGCAGACACCUUUCACCCUUGAAUCAGGAGAAGCAUGCGUCAAAAUUCCCAACUCAGUCAUUGAACGGAAUAAGAAAGCUUGGGACUCCUUCAUUCUCGGACAAUUCUACGAGGAACCUCCUGCUAAAGGAGCCGUCCACGCAAUUGUAAACGGAAUUUGGAGCAGACAAAAGCGCGACAUCUCUGUUUCGAAAAUGGAUGGACACGCUUUUCUAUUUAGAGUCCCCUGUCCAAAUGCUAGAAGGAAAAUUCUCAGUCAAUGCCUUUGGCAAGUAGAAGGACAAACGAUGCUUGUGGCGAAGUGGGCUCCAGGUCCUCUCCAAGAGAAACCCGAGCUAUCAAUGGUCCCGGUUUGGCUGGAUUUCACUGGAGUACCACUGCAAUUCUUCAACCGAGACGCCUUGAAGGAAAUAGCUGGACUGGUCGGACAUCCUAUUUGUCUCCACUCCGCAACUGAAAACCUCACUAACCUUGAGGUCGCCCGAGUGUAUACUGUUAUAGAUCCCCGAAAGCCACUGCCGGAAGGGGUCAAUGCUCAGUUCGAAUCAGGUGAGAUUCAUAGGAUCACAGUUUCCUCGCCUUGGCUCCCAUCCUUAUGUUCCUUCUGUAAAAAGGUGGGCCACACUAUAUCCCGCUGCAAAUCUGCUCCCACUACUUGUACAAUUUGCAACUCUGUCAAGCACGACACUGCUCUUUGUCCUCGCAACAGACCAAAGCAGCGCGAAGGAAAGGCACCGGUAAAAAGCCUGCUCUCAAUCUCUUCCCAGCGCCAAUCUCAGAAACAAAUCUACAGGCGCAAGGAGGUUGAAGCACCUGCAAUAUCACCGCAUCUUGCGGUCCCUAUUGACUCUCCCCAGGAUGCAGUAGUGGAAAAUCCCUCGCUCUUAAUUUCAGAAAAUCGAUUACCUGCUUCACAGACUAUUAAGGAAGGGCAACCUCAACUCAAACCAACCUUCGCUGAGAUCUCGGCCACCCCAGCAAGGAAAAGUGAUCUCAACAGUCAAAUCUCGCUGCCUAUUCGUUCACCAAUGCCGAUAAUCUCUACCUCCAAAGCAGUCACGGAUACUCCAUCCAGUUCAACUGUUGCCUUUGACUAUGAUGUUUCUAAAGGAGGUCUCAUCGUUGAUCUAAGUCCUCACUUUGUCCCUUCAUCGGCGGCUCCUUCUGAGGACGAGUCUUAUUCGAGUCAGCAGGGUUUUUCAACUCCAGAAUCUUUAUCUGAAGGGGAAGAUAACCCGGAUGAUGAAAAUGAUCAGUUCAUCCAGGUUAUGACCAAACGCAUGCGCCGUCAGUUGCUUGCGAGAGCUCGGGGUAGAGGCCCCUUAUCCCUCUAAUUUUCAUCUUUUUAUGGAUAUUUUUUGUUGGAACAUAAGAGGUUUCAAUGA